GCCAGCAUUUUUUAAACGGGCAGUAAGCAGCGCGUUCGGGUGUAGAAAUUGUGUAUUAACCUUUUUUUUGAAUUUUUUUUAAAAAAGCAAUAGUAGCCAGAAGAAAUUAUAUUUGAAAAAUUGGAAAUAUAUAAUAAAAUCAUUGCAUAGACAAGCGAAAGCUAUUUAGCCACUUUUGAUGAAUAUCGUUUUCCUUGUGGAAUUGGAAAUCAAAAAGCAAGAAACGACAACCAAACGCACCAAUAAGAACGAAAAACUGGGAAAACCGUCAAAAUCCGAAAUAAAAAAAGUUGGGUGGAUUUAUCAAAUCGUACACACACAUAUAUUUACAAGGCUCGUUUUGUAGUGUAUACAUCAGAUAUAUAUCGGAUAUUUCGUAAUACUUGUUCACAACUGAAGAAAAAAAAUUUUUUUUGAAAAGUAAUUUUCGUGCAUUUUUCUGUUAUUCAAUAUAAGUUUCAAUAAAUUGGGGGAUUGCGGGAAUAAAAAAGAAUUUACCUGUAAAAUUUUUGGGAAAUAUUACUAAACAAAGUGAAAGUGUUUCUUAAGAAAAAUUUUACAAGAAAAAGUUGAGCUGGACGUGCUAAACAUUAAACAUUAAAGGUAGCGGCUUCUACACAGUUAAGAAAAAAAAUUUACAAUUAGCCUGAUUACAAAACAGGUGCACUAGACAAGUAAAAAGAAAAAAAAUCUCCCCGCGAAUUCAUUCAUUGCUCUGUUGUCUCUAAUUGUAACAGAGUAGAUUUUUAAAAGAGCGAAAGCUAAAACAGCCGUCAAAAAGAGAGAGAAAGAGAAGGGGAGUUUCUACCAACCAAUAACCAAAAAAUAUCAAACAUUCGAUUGCAACAUGAGUGGAUACACAGAUUUAACCAAAUUGGAAAAUAGUCGAAACUGCUUGAGACGCAUAGCUCGCCAUGACGAGCCACAGUUCUCAAAAGACAGCAUUGUCAAUGUUAUGGAGAAAUUUGUAAAAACUGUCAAUAUUAUGGAUGAUACCAUACUCGUACCAUGCAGGCUUAUGGAUCGGCAGGUGGGUGAUACUACUGAUAUUAUGCCAGCCUCUGGUAAAGAUGUCACUUCCAAUCAGCAUACUCAACAUGCACCGAAACGUAGCACUGUCAAUUCAAAAAAUGUACAUGAAUUCCUACAUUCAUCGGAACUUUUCAAUUUGUAUAACAUGUUGAAUGCUCUGAAAAAUGAUUUAUUGUGGACCGGUAAAGAUGAAAAUGACGAUGAUGAAGAAAUUAAUGUGAAUGAAUUAAAUCGAGAGAUUGUGGUCAUUAACGAACCAAUAGAUGGUAAGACUGAUAACGCUAGCAGCUCACACCCGCCCGCUAACGGUAACAUAGCUGUAGCUAAUAGCAAUACUAAUAAUAAUAGUAACAAUAGUGGGGGAGUGGUUGCGGUAAAAGGUCAUAUUAGGCGCCCAUCAACCGCUUCGACGGCAUCGAUAGCUUCGGUCAGUCAACUGAGCGAUUCGGAAAGUGAUAUUUCGAAUGAAAAUGAUUCUGGUGUUGAAUCAGAGAGUCAUAAAAAUGCUGGUAGCGCCGAUUCGACGAGCGGCAGUGAGGAUGGCGAUGUAGAAACCAAAAAAUUAGCCAAUGUAGAUAAAGCUACUGAAUUGGCCAAACGCUGCCGAAGACAUUUGAAUGGCUUAUAUAAAUGCUUGGAGCAAAUGACAGAAGCAGCCAAUUAUCUAGCAGCCCGAUACCAAAGUGAUAUUGGUGGCACUGUGUAGGGUUUCUUUUCCUAGAGAAAUUAUACGCCUACCCGUCAACCUCUACAUACAACAAAACAAUACAAAGAAAUAU